UGGGAAAAUGCAUUCUCUACAUUAUUUUCAGAGGAAAUAGGACCUGUAGCUUUGCCGAAGUUGUGGCUAGCCUUCAGAUUCUUCAAAGCAAGGAGCUGAAUAACCUGAGGCAACUCUGGGUCUGCAAUGAAAGGAACUAGAACACAGAGUGAAAUGGUGAAAAUUCCGAUGGAUUUGGCCCCUCAGACCUUCAAGCCACCAUUAAUUGACUCUCUGUUCCAAGCACAAAGGUGAUGACCACUCCACUCAACUAUCAUUGUCAACUCUCUCUUGGCAUGAACUGAAGCCAUGUCUCAUGUGCCCUCUCAUCUACUGGCACGUUGAAUGUUUCCUCUCCAAGCACUUCAAAUAUUUUCUUGCAAUGAAGUCAAGCCUCUGAACACCUCAACUCAUGCCUCAUACCCUCAUUCAAUCACUGCCGUGAUCCCUUUCCAACACUGUUGUCUGGAGCCAAAGUCUAACCCGGAGCCACUAAGGGGAGCGACCUGUGCUGAUCACCAUGAGACAGGCAGCAUUUACCAGUCCAAAGCUUGGGGAAUGGUAGACCGCAUGAUGGCAAUGAACCAUGGACGAUUCCCUGAAGCUAUUAAUGGUCUCCACCAUCACCACCCAGCACGCAGAAUGGGCAUGGGGCAGUUCUCGAACCCAUUACACCAUCAGCAACAACAACAGCAGCAGCAGCAGCAGCAACAGCAGCAUGGCUACACUACUGGUAUUAUGGGAGAUCAUUUGCACUACGGAGGGGGAAAUGUAACAUCUAACCACGGAAUUAGACAUUCUGUGGGUUCGGGGAAUGUAAAUGUAAACGCUGGACACCCAAACGGCAACAUGCCUCCCGGUGCGCGCUAUAGCUCUCAAUUUGUGGGACCCACCGCCGCCGUCCCCACUCAAGGACAGCUCGCGGCAAGUAUGCAGUUACAAAAGCUCAACACGCAGUACUACAGCCACCAUACACAUCCCUCUCAUCAUCAUUAUAUGCAUGAGUUGCAUCCUGCGAAUCAUCAACUUAACGGGACAGGACAACAGUUCAGAGAUGGCAACGCGAAACACAGCACGUCCAGUUUGGCUCCACAGGCGCACCAUUUGCCUGCUGCAAUACUGCCCCCCAACGUCAUUGACACGGACUUUAUUGAUGAGGAGGUCUUGAUGUCUCUGGUCAUUGAGAUGGGCCUGGACCGAAUAAAGGAGCUACCUGAGCUGUGGUUAGGACAGAACGAGUUUGAUUUCAUGACAGACUUCGUAUGUAAGCAACAGCCAAGCCGAGUGAGUUGUUAAAUCACAGCAAGUGGACUUAUACAGUCAUCUACUCAAACAGACUUUAAAGCAUUCCUGUUUGUCUCUUAAACUCAAGCAUUUGUGAGAGAUCUGCAAUAUACCAAUGGAGAACCAUUCAAACAUGUAGGCUAUACUAGAUACAUUCCUCUAUUUGGAAGGUAAUAGGCUUACACUGCAGACAUCAUGGAAAUGAGUUUGUUUGAGUAGGAAUGCACUACAAUCUCAAUCGAGUCUGUCAGAAGGAAAAUCUUCAAAUCCAUGAAAUGCAUCAUUACCUAAUUUAACAACUGAACAUGGGAAAUCAAGAAAACCUACCCGAGUAGAGCUGUCUGCUUAUUUGAAUAAUCCUCAAAGAAAAUAGAGAUGUACAAUGGUGUGCUUGGUAUAUUUAUUUUCCUGCCUCAUUCAAACAUUUUGGAUGACAGAAGAUGUUGAAUUAUUAUGAAUUGCAAAUGAACCAUAUUCUAAAUGAUCUAAGUGGUUAAGAAACAUGCUUCUAGACAAGUGCUGUGUCAUUGUUCCCUACAAUAAUAUACUGUAAAAUUUUGUUGCGAUAUACUUAUCAGAUAUCUGUAAUGUAAAAUGAUUUGUCUAUCAUGGAAGAGAACUGCAAUUUGUUUUUUUCUCUUCUCCCCUGCAAAUGUCUUUCUAACAUUGCUUGUAUCCCAGCCAGGAUGCGGUGUGAGUGAACUUGGCUGUCUUGGUUAUUGUAAAGGUUAAUUGUAGGAGAGAUGUGGAUCCUUCAAUAACAGAGGGAGUGAUGUGUUGAGGUGUGGGUAUUGUCCACAUGCUUAAAUGGGACCGGUCUGGUAGAAAGAGUGAGACAAAAUAUUGUCUUUGGAAAAAGGAUACUCCUUGCCUGAAUACCCGGCCCCCUCCCCCCUGCUCUUUCCUUUGUGGACAAUAAAUGGUGUGGAAUGUUAUCAAGGUAGAGAGUAUAAUUUCACAGGAUGUUUUCUUCCUCAUCAGUUCUGAGAAUUGACACCACUGUGCUUAUUUAGUGUAUGCGAUACAUGGCAAUACUACUGUGUUGAAGCUUUCCAGGAAAGUUGGACAGUAUUUUUGUAAUUUAUUCUAUUUUAAUUUGCAAACAUGAAUAAAGCAGCUGAAGUGCAUUACUGAAGUGAA